CCCUCCCUCUCCCCUCAGACCCUGAGAGGAUGGAGCCCAGCACCUGUAAGACCAGCGAGUCAGAGGAAGACUAUGUGGAAGAGGAGUCUGAGGAGGAGCGUGUUCAAGGGGAAGCUCCCCUCCCCGCUAACCCUUCUCAGCAGGAGCCCUCAAAGCCUGACAGCAAGGCCCCGGGGAAUGGAGUUCCCCUGUCCGUUGUAGCCAAGAAAACCCCAAAGAAAAGCGUAGGCCCACUUGACUCAGAGGACUUGGAGACUGGGAGGAGAAAGAGAAGGAGGAAACGCAGACCCCUGGCCAUCAACCUGACCAACUGCAAGUAUGAGAGUGUGCGCCGGGCGGCCCAGAUGUGCGGCCUGAAGGAGGUGGGGGAGGAUGAAGAGUGGACUGUGUACUGGACAGACUGCUCUGUCUCACUGGAACGAGUCAUGGACAUGAAGCGGUUUCAGAAAAUCAACCACUUCCCUGGCAUGACGGAAAUCUGCCGCAAGGACCUGCUGGCACGGAACCUCAACCGCAUGCAGAAGUUGUACCCCGCCGAGUACAACAUUUUCCCCCGCACCUGGUGCCUCCCCGCAGACUACGGCGACUUCCAGGCCUACGGGCGUCAGCGAAAGACCCGCGCUUACAUCUGCAAGCCCGACAGUGGCUGCCAGGGACGUGGCAUCUUCAUCACCCGAAACCCCCGGGAGAUCAAGCCAGGGGAGCACAUGGUCUGCCAGCAGUAUAUCUCCAAGCCCUUCCUCAUUGACGGCUUCAAGUUCGACAUGCGCAUCUACGUCCUGAUCACGUCCUGCGACCCCCUUCGGAUCUUCAUGUACGAGGAGGGCCUGGCCCGCUUCGCCACCACGCCCUACGUGGAGCCAAGCCACAGCAACCUGGACGACGUCUGCAUGCACCUGACCAACUACGCCGUCAAUAAGCACAACGAAAACUUUGUCCGGGACGCGGCCGUGGGCAGCAAGAGGAAGCUGUCGACGCUCAACGCCUGGCUGGGAGAGCGCAGCUACGACGCGCGGGAGCUGUGGCGGAACAUCGAGGACAUCAUCAUCAAAACCGUCAUCUCCGCCCACUCUGUCCUUCGCCACAACUACCGAACCUGCUUCCCCCAGUAUCUGAGCGGAGGCAUAUGCGCCUGUUUUGAGAUCCUGGGCUUCGACAUCUUGCUGGACCACAAGAUGAAGCCCUGGCUGCUGGAGGUAAAUCACUCUCCAAGCUUCACCACCGACUCCAGCCUGGACCGGGAAGUGAAGGACGCGCUUCUCUGUGAUGCCAUGACACUCAUCAACCUCCGGGGCUGCGACAAGAGGAAGGUGCUGGAGGAGGACAAGCGGCGGGUCAAGGAGCGGCUUUUCCACUGCCACCAGCAGCCGCGCGAAGCCAGGCGGGAGCAGAUGGAGUCGUCGCGCGCUGCCAUGCUGGACCAGGAGCGCUACGAGGAUGCCCACCUGGGGGGCUACCGGCGCAUCUACCCCAGGUCAGACGCGGAGAAGUACGCGCCCUUCUUCAAGCACAACGGCUCCCUCUUCCAGGAGACUGCAGCGUCCAAGGCCAGGGAGGAGUGCGCCAGGCAGCAGCUGGAGGAGAUCCGCCUCAAGCAGGAACAGCAGCGGCGCUCGGGCUGCAAGCGGCGGCGGGAACACAGGGACCAGAGCCAGGGCGAGUCGGCCGGGGAGAAGAGCGGCCUCAGAGCCUGGCCACGCAGCCUCGCCACCCACGGGGCCUACCGGAGCCGCAGCCGGGGCCCCGAAAAGGAGCUGCCGCCGGCGCCCCUGGACACCACGCAGCCCCAGGAGAUCGUGGAGGAGGAGGAGCUGGAGCGGAUGAAGGCCCUGCUCCAGCGGGAGAACCUCAUCCGAAGCCUGGGCAUCGUGGAGCAGCUCACCCGCAUGCUGCACCCCAGCCACCGUGGCCAGAAAAGGCUUCCUGAGUUUCGGGCUAGAUUUCACCAGGACCGGCUGGGCCGUCAAGAACUGCAAUCGGUGAACCUGGUUCCACUGGUCCUCCUGAGAGGGACCGCCAAAAAGCAGGGCCCUCAUUUCCUGCACCCGGUGCGGCCCCACGCGCUGAUCCCCAGGAUCUUAGGGCCACUGCCACCUCAUCCUCGGUGCCACCUCCCGCCCAAGAACGUCAACUGGAUAGAAGACCCGGCGGCCUUCGGCUCCUGUUCACUGUCAGUGAAGAAGCCUGGCAGGCGCUACUUUCCCAGCGCCAGAGUCAGGCUCCCUGGCCAGGGCCACGCCAGCAGAAGGCUGGACGCCAUCAACCGGGCCCUGGCGGGAUCCGUGCCGCCCUCUCUCUCCCCGCAGCGGGGCUACCUGCUGCAGCAGCAGAGGGUGGCGAGUGGCUCGUGGGCUGAGAGCAGCGCGCCCGCCGCGGAAGGCAGAGCAGACGCGGCCCAGCACGGCGCCCUCUGCCCGGCCUCGGCGCCCCUGCUGCAGCGUCCCCUCGAGCUCCUGGACCUCCGCCACCACCGCGCCCUGAGGCGGCAGGAAAGGGCCGUCCGGCUCCAGAAGAUCCGCAGGCAGAUGGAGGCGCCGGGCGCCCCGCCCAGGACCCUGACGCGGGAAGCCAUGGAGCAGAUCCGGUAUUUACAUAAAGAAUUUGCGGAAUCCUGGCCUGUUCCCAGGCUGGCGGAAGGCUUUGAUGUCAGCACUGAUGUGAUCCGGAGGGUGUUAAAAAGCAAGUUUGUACCCACGUUGGAACAGAGACUGAAGCAGGAUCAGAAAGCCCUUAAGAAAGCGGGACCUGCCCGCUCACUCGGCCAGCUCCGGGGCUCUGGGGGUACUUCAGAGCCCCCUUCUGCAGGCUGCCCCCCAUCAGCCACUUUGCUGAUGUCAGGCGAUGAAGUCCCAUCCAGGGGCCACAGUCACAGCAUCGCUUUGGACGUGACGGAAUCAAACACUCGAAUGGCAGAUGCACCAGGGAGACCGAAGGGAAGGAACAGGGGGACCCAGGCCUGGGGGCGGGGGCGCUGCGUGGCUGUGCCCGGAAGCCAGAGCUCGCGGCAGGAGCCCUGCGCCCUUGCUGGGCAAGGUGCCGGGGACACCCGCCUCCCUGAACUGCCAGCUGGCGAGAAGCUGGGAAAGUCGAAGAUGGGGGAGCCGGGUGACCAGAAUUUCAGCAGCAGGGUAGUGCAGAGGGGCCGAGAGUUCUUUGACGGCAACGGAAACUUUCUGUACAGAAUCUGAGCUGGAGCCGGGCUUGUGGAGACAGACAGCUGCGCCUGUGUUUAGAGUUGUCUGGCUCUGAGAGGGUUAGCCACCGUGGGAGAGGAAGAAAGGAGCCUGGAAUUGGGAGGAAACAGCUGCUUGGAUUUGAACUUAACAGCAGUGACCACAGAGCAGUGUGGGGGAGAGUGACCGGCGCAUGAAGGCCAGCCUGUGGGGACCCCCUGCCUACCAACCCUGUCUGGCUCUGGAGUCAGCCCCUGCUGCGUGGGUCGUAGGACCGUAGUGUUUGGGAGGAAAUUGUGUCUUCACCCUCCUUCCCUUCUUGAAUCAUGAACACUAGCAGUUCUCUUAGUUGGUCGUUUCCAUUACAUGCAGAAUAAAGUGGAAUGUCGCA